AGGACAUUUUGGCCAGAGCAAAGGUCGGCUUUGGGGAUUUUCCAUGGAGAAGGGGGAAGUAGUACGCCGUACCAAGCUCGGUCCAGCCGCCGGCGGCGGCGGAGGACGAGGAGGAGGAGCACGCCGUCCCAAGAUGGGUCCAGGCGGCGGAGGAGCCGACCUCAUCAGCGCCCUCCCGGAGGAUCUGCUUCUCCAGGUCCUCGGGUGCCUCCGAUGCGCCCGCGCCGCCGCGCGCACCAGCAUCCUCUCCCGCCGGUGGCGCGGCCUCUGGACCCGCCUCCCCGACCUCGUCUUCCGCGGCGUCGCGCUCCGCUCCCUCCAAGCGGCGCUCGCCUCGGUCCAAGCCGCGGCCGGCCCCGUGGGGGUGACCCUCCUCGACAUGUGCGUUCCCGACGCGCUCCUACACUCCGUCCGCGAGUACGACAUGCCCCCGCUGCUCCACGCCGCCGCGGCGCUCUCGCCGGUGGACCUCCGCCUCGCCGUGGGGGAGGGCACGCAGCGCCUGUACGUGCAGGUGGAGGUGCCCCGCCUCCCCCGCGCCAUCUCGGUGGAGCUUCAAGGCCUGGAUCUCGUGUUCGCCGACCCGCGCCGCAGCUGGCUGGGGUUCCCCGCGCUGGAGACGCUCUCCCUCACCGGCUGCCGCGCCAACCUCACGGACCUGGUCCUCCGCUGCCCGCGCCUGCGCGUCUUCAGACUCAGGGAGGACCACGGCGCCCACCACAUGAACAUCAUCAUCAGGUCCUCGUCGCUGCAGGAGCUCCAUGUGGACACCAGGAUCCCCUUCACCUACCGCAUCGACAUCAGGGCGCCCGCGCUCAAGCGAUUGGCCAUGUCCUUCAGCACCAGCGACAAGAUCAUUGUGCUGGUGUCCGUUUUGGCGCCAAUGCUGGAGACGGUCUCAUGGCGCUGCACCUAUUCCACAGUGUCUGCCCGGCUUGGUCUUUGGGGCCUCUCAGAGGUGAGGUUACAGACGGAGGAGAACAAUGGACAUGGCGGGCAGCUUCCUCCUCACGUCAAUGUCCUGUCGCUCUUCGUGGCUGCAGAUGAUUCAUAUGAGUUUCCAGAGGAAGUCAGCCUUAGGACGGAGAUAGAGAAACAUAUGGUUACCCAUUUCUCUGUUUUGGAGCUACGUGUCGAAACAUGGGGGCAUGUUUUUGGAGCAUUUGCAUUGCACAUCCUUGAAAUGGAUCAGAUUUCCACUGCUAUACAAAGCCUUAAAGUCAUCCUGCUGAGUUCAGAGGAUGAUGAAGCAUGCCCACAAAAUUGCCCUUGUGAGGAGCCCAGUAACUGGAGAAGCCAAACUAUCUCCUUGACCAAUCUUGAAAAAGUGGAAAUCAAAGGCUUCCAAGGAGAAGGUCAUGAGUUUGAUUUCUUGAAACUGGUAUUUAGAUGCGUACCAAUGCUGAAAACAAUGUCUGUGAGGCUGUCAGAUGAGGUCACAGCAAGUAACGACGAUUGCUGCAAGAAAAUACAUGACGUCUUCAAGAUGUAUCCUUUUGUGGAAUGCAAUGUGAUUGUGGAUCUUAGUCCUGAGUCAACAGACAGCAGCCAUGGUGGUGCCUCGACAUGAUCCUCAGUUGCCACAUUUGCCGAAUCAGGUGGGUUGUCAAAGAGACCGUCUUCUACCGUGCUGGCUGACUCCACUAGCUACCUAGUUCCAGGAUUUUGCUUGGUGGCUUGAUAUGUUAUUUUGCUAUUGCAGUGGAGCCACAGGCACGAAAUGUUGCGCUCUUAGUUAAUGCAUUAGCGGUAGCCAUUGCCUGAUUGCGUAGCAAUUACCAGAUUUAGUGGACUCAACUUAUGUCAGCCUGCCCAAGUGAUGUUCUGUAAGCCUAUUAUGGCUUGUAUGCUUUUCUUGGCCAGCAUGUUCCUGAUUAGCAAACUCGGUAUGGCACUACAUGGUCGUUUAAGGCAUCACUGCUUAAAAUGUUGGAAGGAAAAAUGAAGUUGCAUACUACACUAAAACAUCUGGCGCACAACUGCGUUGUCAAGUGUUGCGGAAAUGGGUAGCACCUACAGUGGCCAGAGCUUUUCAUGAUGCCGUCGCCUCAUUGUGGCCUCAACUGGGUGUGAUGAAGCCUGUUGGAGUUGAGUUUGUGCUUUGGUUCAUUUGAUGCUCUGUACCAUCCUAAUCAAACUAGCCUCAGAUUCAAACUGCAGCAAUCUGGAAUAGUUUCUGUGCAUUCCGGAUGGGUUGAUCCCAUGGUUGUCUGAAUUUUAUGUAGUAUGAAAAGGUUUGUGACAUUCCCAUAUGAAAAAGAUUUGCUGUUCUUGCUAAGGAAAUUGUGUCCUUGA